AUUAUAUGUGUUCAGCCGUCGAGGCAUGGGGGGCAAUAGCGUAAUUGUACAUAUUACCGGAGCAAGCUUACAAACAGUAAAUAGAGAGAAUCAAGAGAGUCAAGAUGCUCCAAGGAACCUCGAGGUUUCUUUAUAAAAUCUCACAGUCAUGCGUAGGAACACGACCAACAUGGAGCACUUGUUCUCUUCUUCUUCCCUAAACAUGAUCAACUUCAUGUUUCUCCUCCUAAUACUCUCUCUUCUCUGCAUUAAGUUUAUCAUCAAACGCGCGGCCAAAACGCUGAAUCUUCCUCCCUCGCCUCCAACGCUGCCGCUGAUCGGAAACCUCCAUCAGAUAGGCCCUCUCAUCCACCAGUCUCUCUACCAUUUGUCCCUCAAACACGGCCCUCUCUUCCUCCUCCACCUCGGCAGCUUCCCGACGCUCGUCGUCCAGUCCUUCGAACCUCUCCAAGAGAUUAUCAAGAACCACGACAUCUCCUUCUCCGCCCGCCCUUGCUUCUACGCUACUUUCCUCUUCUCUUACGAGGCUCGCGACGUUGUCUUCUGCCCUUAUGGGGAUGCAUGGAGGCAGUCUCGCAAAAUCUGCCUUCUCCAGCUCCUUAGCAAUAAGAUGGUCAAAGAACUGCGUUUAAUUCGUGAGGAAGAGAUCGAUGACAUGAUCUCAAAGAUCGAUUCUUCCAUCACAGCGAAUCCAAAGAAACCGGUGAAUAUGAACGAGUUGUUCUACAGCUUCGCGGUCAACGUGAUGUGCAGGUCCGCCGCAGGUGAUAAAACCUACGGAGAGGCUUACAAGGCGCUGGUGAGGGAAGCUCAGAAAUUGGCAGCAAAGUUCUGCUUCGAAGACAUGUUUCCGUGGUUAGGGUGGAUGGAUGGGUUGAGGGGAUACAGGUCAGAUCUGAGGCGUUUAUUCGAGCGUCAGGAUCGAUUGAUGGAGCAAAUGAUGAGCGAUCAAACCGACAAAAUCGAUGGUGGCUUAAAGCCUCACAGGAUGAACUUUGCCUAUGUUCUUAUCAGUUUGCAGAGAGAAGGGAAGCUGGAUAUUGAGCUGGACCGUCAAAACAUCAAGGGAAUCUUACAAAGCAUGUUCUCGGCGUCGACAGACUCACUUCCAUCGAACAUGGAGUGGGCGAUGGCAGAGCUCAUGAAGCAUCCGAGGGUGCUUCGAAAAGCGAAAGAAGAAGUCAGAAGGGUCGUAAGGGACAAAGGGAGAGUAGAGGAAGAAGACAUCCUUGAGAUGAAGUACCUGAAAUGCGUGGUCAAAGAAACUCUGAGGCUACACGGCUCGGGAAUAUACAUGAGAAUAACGGACAAAGCUGUAAAGAUAUCAGGAUACGACAUCCCCGCAAAGAGUAGGGUGAUAAUCAACAACUGGGCAUCGCAGAGGGACCCCAGAAUAUGGAAGGAACCACAGGAGUUCAUGCCGGAGAGGUUCAUGGAGGGGGAGGAGUAUGAGUUUCAGGGCACAAACGGCAAGUAUGUACCGUUUGGAUUCGGGAGGAGGAUAUGCCCGGGGCUGAACUACGCGGUGGCGAUGGUGGAGUCGGUAGUGGCGAAUCUUCUGUAUUUGUAUGAGUGGGAGCUGCCGGAGGGGGUGACUCCGGAGAGCAUGGACAUGUCGGAGAAGUACUCUCAGACUAUUCUGUUGAAGCACCCUCUCUGCCUCAUCCCUUCGAAGCGUUUCUAGCUUUUCAAUGUAUUUUAUUUGGCAAAGAAAUAUCUAAAUUAGCGGCAAAUGUAAGGGUAUUAGAAUUAAGAAAGGGAGGAAUAUAUAAAGAUGGAUG